AUGGGAACUUGUGGAGGAAACAACAAAAAAACCAAUAAAGAAAAAAAUACAGUAUUAAAUUAAACCUAUAAAGAAUAUAUAGAACAAUUAAAUUGAUAAAAAAAGUUGUGAAUAAUAAAAUUAUGAAUAGAAUUAAAAUACAUAUGACAUAAAUAGAGAAUCUUCUAAAAUAAAAAUACCUGAAUAAUUCGAAACUAAUGUUCAAAUUAAAAAUGAAAUACAUCCAACAGCAAAUGCCAUAAAUGAAUCAAAAACAAUAUAAAAUAUGAUAAUAAUUGAUGAUCAAUAAAAUUUUGUUAAUAAUCCAAUCAUUUAAAUAUCAAAGAAAAAAUAUUAAAAUGAUGAUCCUUUUAAACAUCAUUUAGAAGUAUCAAAUAUUAUUAAAAUAGUCCAUUAAAAAUAAUAAAGAUUAAGCAGAAUAAUAUGAUUUAAAAAUAGGAGUGCCUAUCAAGUAAUAAAACAAAAUUAAAACUGAAAUUGAAGGCUCAUAUUAAUAUUAAUAAAAUAAAUGAUAAAAUCUAGAUUCUAUUUUUCUUAUUAAGCUAAACGUGUAUUUAAAAGAAAAAAUUAAAAUAAAAAAAAAGAAGAUUUUGUUGUUAAACUAUUAGAUGAAGAUAUUUAUUCUAAAAGAUUAGCUUAAAUAUAGAUGAUAAUUUAAGUUAAUCAAUUUAACCCUUAGCAUAAUCUAAUUUUUUCUUAAGAGAAUCCAAAUUUAUAAAAUUUAGAUCUAUCUAAUUUAUAUAGUAUUGAUUUUGAUAAUAAUGAUAAAAUUUAAAUUGUUCUUAUAUUAAUUGAACCUAUAGAAAAUAUUGUUAAAUAUCCAGGAAUUUAUCCAAUCUAAAAUCACCACUAUUAUAAUUACUUGAAAUAAAUUUAGAAAUAUGCUUAAAUGAAUAAGUUUGAUUUUUAUGUUCAUCCUUCAAAAGAUAUCACUCUUUAAUAAUUUGCAAAAUCCUUAUCCAAAUAGAUUUAGAAAAAAUGA